CACCUGAGUAACAUCGACAGAGUAACUCGCACUUUUUAAUUUAUUUAUUUAAUUAUUCGAGUCGAAGGAGGAAAUGCGAGAUUGGAUUUAACAUGGGAGCUCCAGCAGCAGGGGAAAACUCCAACAGCCAAAGUCGCUGUAAAAUGUUUUGAAUAGUUCAUAACAUUUUCAGUGGUCAUUGAAAACAAAGGCAAGCUCAAUUUCCCUUGAUGGAGGAAUUUGGAUAUAUCGCUUAACAUAAAAAAUCAAGAAGUGAAACUUUGAGUGGAAGCGAAAGCACAGGAGAAAAAGAAGACUCCGAAGUUAGAUCGUAACCUAAUGAUCCAGAAUAAACCCGUGUCUCAGCCUCUAAACCAGUGUUUUAGAAGUUCAUCCCUAAAUUCUCAGUAAGCUUGUUUUUCAACUCUUGUAUAUCAUUGGAUGUUCAUACCUGGGUGCAUAACAGCCACUAGAACAAGAUGUACAGUCCAACACGGAAUAGAACAGCAAGAGCUGAACUAACUUCAGUUCAGGCAGCGCAAGAUGCCCUUCGACCAACACAAGAUGCUGUACAGUUCUUUCAGCCAACACAAGAUGCUGUUCAGCCCCUUCGACCAACACAAGAUGCCGUACAGUUCUUUCAGCCAACACAAGAUGCUGUUCGGUUCCUUCCACCAACACAAGAUGCCGUUUGGGCCCAUCGACCAACACAAGAUGCCGUUAGGGCUUUUCAGCCAAGACAAGAUACCGUACAGUUCCUUCGACCAACACAAGAUGCCGUUCGGUUCCUUCGACCAACACAAGAUGCCGUUCGGGCCCAUCGACGAACACAAGAUGCCGUUAGGGCUUUUCAGCCAAGACAAGAUACCGUUCAGUUCCUUCGACCAACACAAGAUGGCCUUCAGGCCCUUCAAACAACACAAGACGCCCUUCAGGUAAAACAAGAUGCCCUUCGGGCAACGCAAGAUGCACUUCGGGCAACACAAGACGCCCUUCGGGCAACACAAGAUACCUUUCGGGCAAAACGAGAUGACCUUCGGGUCCUUCAGGCAACACAAGAUAACCUUCGGCUCCUUCAGGUAACACAAGAUGACCUUCGGGCAAAACAAGACGCCCUUCGGGCCCUUCAGGUAAAACAAGAUGCCCUUCAGGCACAACAAGAUGCCCUUCAGGCAAAACAAAAUGCCAUUCAUGCAAAGCAAGAUGCACUUCGGGCCCUCGAGGCAAAACAACAUGCCUCUCAGGUCCUUCAGGCAAAACAAGAAGCCAUUCGGGCAACACAAGAGGCCCUUCAGGCGAAACAAGAUUCUCUUCAGGCAACACAAGAUGCCCUUCAGGCGAAACAAGAUUCUCUUCAGGCAACACAAGAUGCCCUUCAGGCGAAACAAGAUUCUCUUCGGGCAACACAAGAUGCCCUUCAGGCGAAACAAGAUUCUCUUCGGGCAACACAAGAUGCCCUUCAGGCGAAACAAGAUUCUCUUCGGGCAACACAACAUGCCCUUCAUGCAGCACAAGAUGCCCUUCGGGCAACAGAACAUGCCCUUCAGGCGACACAAGAUGCCCUUGGGUCAAGACCAGAUAUCCGUCAGCCUCUUCAGGCAACACGAGAUGGUCUUAAUGACACUUGUUCACCUUUUGUUGACGAAUCAGCAGCAGGUAGCAGUUCUGACUAUGAAGAAGUCAUGAAACGCAUUAAUAUGGAGUCUGAAACUGUGUUGGAUGAUGAUUAAAUAAACUUUAAUGAAAAUCUGCUCCACUCUCAGCUUAUCCUCUUUCACUUCUCCAGUAAUUUCAGUGGGCCCUGGAGGACAUCCUGCCUCUUGCCUUGUUCUCACAGCAUGGUCUCACUGAGCAAAAUACCCUGUGCAAACAACGUCGCACAAGUAAACAGCUCACCUGAUAUGCUGUUAAAGGUCUUCACACCUGUUAUUAAUGAUGAUUUUUAAUGAUGAAACCUGCCUGUACCAGUGCAGUGUGACCGGCCUGGUCUUUUUAAUGAAGGCAGAAGGAGACGUGGUUCACAGGACUGUCCCUUGGAACAGGAG